AUGAGCCCGUACAUGUCGUAUCAGUCGACGGUACAAAACAUCUGGCCAUCGCCUCCUCUAGGACCGGGAGAUAUCCAGAAUUGUAUUUCCUUCCAAGACUCACCCGUUUGUGGGAGCGCAUGUCUACCCAUCUACAAUAGCAGCAACGACAACUCGCCCACAUCUCCCAGUGGAUGGUCGACGGUGUCUGGCUACCCACCGACCACAGCCUUCUUUCCUCAGCAGCAUCCUGGAGAUCAGUCAUUUGCUCAAGUCUGCACUCCCAUGUCGGCACAGGACCUUCCCCAACACUAUUCAGACAUGCCCACUCCCUACACAGAGAGUUACCACGCAGACUCCGACACUGAGAUGCCAACUGGCAUGAAAAUGUCGGUGUCGUCUUCUGACGUGAUGCCAAGUUUGUCUGCAGUCCCGCCUUCUUCGAGCGUUGGCUCUCCAGAGGGUCUGCGAGCAGAGACCCCUGCUUCUCUGGUUAUGCCCAAGAUCGAGCCCAUGGAUAACCAAGAUGCAGACUUUAUGGAUUCGAUCCUUGCUGUGCCCAACGCUGCCGAUCCUGCUCCGGCAAGCGGUGUUGGACACGACGAGAAGAACGACGAGCCAUAUGCGAAGCUCAUCUACAGAGCUUUGAUGAGCCGACCAGACUAUACUAUGACUCUGCAGGAGCUCUACCAAUGGUUCCGGGACAACACCAACAAGGCUAAGAACGAAAAGGGCGGAUGGCAGAACAGCAUCCGCCACAACCUGAGCAUGAAUGCGGCAUUCAAAAGACGCGAUCGCAAGCGCGCCGAUGGAGUUGCGGCCUCAACGUGUGUAGAGGACGAGUCGCCAUUGGCAGGCGACGCGAAGCGGGCAAACGAAUGGGUCCUAGAAGAUUGGGCAGUUCGUGACGGUGUGCAGAGCACGACCAGAUACCGAAAGGGGAACUCUGGGCGCCGCUCGAACAGACGAAGCUCCAGCCAGACAAACGUGGGCGGUGGCAUCAACAUGCGGCGAAGCAGCCAACGCAGCUCCAUCAAGGCCCUAUCUGGCCAAAAGGGCGGCUGUGCGGCCAGAAACGCCCGAGUGAGGAGCCAGAUGUACAGCCAGGAGCUGUCACUGGCCGAUGGGCGCCAGUACCGACUGAUCGAGAGCGGACUGGGCUCGCCACCGGCCUCGAGCAUGCCGGAUGGCUUCUACUCCAUGCCCAUUGCCAUCCCACGGAUCGACCCGACGGCCAUCCAGACCCCAGGGGCGCACGGGGCGGAUUUCGGUUCCGCAGAUACAGCAACGGACCUCUUUGGGCUGCAGAUGACAGGACCGCGGAUGGACCAACAGGUGGCUGGCGAUGACGGUGUUUCAUACAUGGGCCAACAGGAGCACAUGUACACGGCCUUCCCAUAUGAACUUGCAGAUGUCCAUCUAGACUACUCUGGCGAUGUCGCUGACCAGAUCCGACGGUAUGACUCCAUGACGGGCACCCCCAGGAUGAGCUGGGCCACUCCCCACGGCAUGUGA